ACGCGCAUGUCCACUAAAAUAUCACACGACAAGCACGAAGACGAAAAUUCGAAUACGUCUCCAAAGACUAACGGAAGAUUUCCUUCAGAUGGCGAAGAUACUGAUUUUCCUUGCAAUUAAUGGCAUAAUCUGCUUAUGUUACCCUUCCGAAGUUUAUGGCCAGAACCACCCUCCUGCACCAGGACCGCCACCCAGCUUUGGAGGACCUCCACCCCACCCACAGGAAUGGGAUGGACAAAGAUGGCAGGGCCAUUCUGAGGUUGGAAAUGGAUACCAAAAUGGAUAUGAUAACGGAUUUGGAAACGGAAAUUCACGUGGAACAUUUGGUGGAGGAGCAUUUGGAGGCAACCAACAACCUGCUUUCCCAAAUGACGGUGGCAUCCAGGCAGGAAGACACAGUGGAGUUGGAGGUACACCCCAGGGAGGAAGCAAUUUUGAGACCAGAAACACAUAUAAUCAACAAAGUGGAUUUAGAAGUACAUCAGGAGGAUAUGAGGGAAGAUCACCUCAAAAUAAUCCACAACCUAUUCCUCCAAACGGCGGUGGCAUCCAACGUGGACAGCAAAGUGGCCAAGGAGGUACAUUCGAAGGUGGAAGAGAUUUUCAAGGAGGAAAUGGAGUCGGCCAACAGGGAGGGUUUAGAUUUGCAUCAGGAGGUGCUGAAAGGGGAUCAGGAAGUGUUUCCGGGCAGCAAGGAGGGGUUGCUGAUUCAGCAGGUGGAAGAAGCAGGAAUCCAGACAGUCAUCAAGGAGGAACUGAUUAUCAAGGAAGACCUGGAAGAAGAAGUAGAAAUCAGAGUGGAACUCAGAAUGGGUUUGAGCAACGCGGAAGAUUUUUUGGCUCAGCAACAGGAAAUCAGAGGUCUCAGAAUAAAAAUGGAGUCAAGUCUCAAAACAGAUUCGUUGGUCUAACAGGAAGGAAUACUACAGUUGGAAGCGAUAGAAGUGGAUCUUUUAGUUUAACUAAAUAGACCAAAUAUAUCUGAGGAGGAGGGAGAGGAAUAAUGACAAAUAAGGGAGUGUUUUUUGCAUAGAAUGUCUAACGAAUUUAGCAUUGUAGAAGUUUUUAAAUGUGUAUUACUAUGUUUUAAAUGUAUGUUUUAAUUUUUAAAUGUGAUACUUUUAAAAUUGUCAUUUCUAAAAUUGACGUGAGUCAAUUCAACUUCAAAAAACAGGUAACAGGUCAUAUGUGUUUAAUAUUAAACAUCAGGCAUUUAUGGUAUUUUUAAGGUUCAA